ACGUGUACAUCACAAAACUUCAUCUUCUUCCACCCAAAAGAGAGCUCUCUUUUUUUCUCAGGAACCACCUGAUCUGAAUCUCCAUGGCGAAAACGGCGUCGUCCCUCCUCCAAACCCUAAAGCGCUACGUCAAGAAGCCCUGGGAGAUAACUGGUCCCUGCGCCGACCCGGAAUACCGACUCGCCGUCCCGCUCGCCACCGAGUACCGCCUCGAGUGCCCCGCCACCGUCAAAGUCGCCGCUUGCGUCCCCUCCUCCGACCCCGAGACCGUCUUCGACAUCAAGUACUUCCCCCGCGACCAGCGACGCAACCGACCCCCGAUCAAACGCACCGUUUUGAAGAAGGCUGACGUCGAGAAGCAGAUGAAGGAGAAGACCUUCACCCCCUCGGAUUUCCCGCCGGUGUACUUGGUGGAUUUCGUUGAGGAGGACUACAAUGCCAGAGGUGGAGGCUAUUGUAGAUGAACUAGGGCUUAUGGACUUGUGGAACUGUCACUAAAGAGGUGGUCUUCAUGCUGAGGUACAUGUUCGUCUAGUCUGCUCAGUUAUUGUAAUACUGUGUUUGACAUGAAAUAAAGAGUACUUGCUGCUACAACCCUUUUUUCCCCCUUUGGUUUGUCGAAGAAUGUAUUUGUAUAAAACCCAAAUGCAACAGCAGUUGGUUGAUGGAUGACACAAAAAAGUUUCUCUAACUUUUGUGAAACUUCUUGAUUUGCUUUC